AUGUCGAGUUUGUUGCCACUCGCAUCUUCAUCAACGCCGUCUCCAGGAUCUAAGUACCCUCCAGACGUAGAGAGCAGUUCGUACAAUGGAUCGUCAAAUUCGAUUCCAUUUGAGCCGACCAUCCCACGCACCGUUACUACCAGCACCGACAUCAACAGAACCAGUUGUCCUAACGAUGAGAUGACCUGCUGGUUGGACUUGAAGUUCCACGAACUGGACUCCAACUUCUCACAGAACAUAAUAUCGUUCAGUGAGAAGUUUGAAGGGUUGCCUGAAAAAUGCAGGACUGAUCGCUGCGAUGAAGUUGUGACUCUUGAUAAUGGACCUCAUUAUUGGCCCAGAACACCAAUCGGCUAG